UUAAAAACUGACGUGUAGGUAAUAUAGGUAUGGUAACUUGGUGUUAGUUUUAAAUGUAUCUACUUUUCUGUAACACGAAAUGAAAGUUCAAUUACAUUGAUAUAAAUCGAUCAACCGGUAAGAAAAUAGCGUUUAUUACAUAGGUACCUAACAAUUUUUUUUUUCAAAAUGUGCAAAUCAACCAAGUUAUUCGUCUUGUUUCUAUUCGUAUCACUGAUUCAGUUCUCAUCCCAACAAUCGAGUCCUUAUACUCAAAACCAAGUCAACAAUGAAGAAGAGAAAAACGUAUUCCUGGACGCGGCCCAAAACAUGCUGGGAAAUUUGAUGGAGAAAAAUCCCGAUAUGAGUAAAAACUCAGCUAUGGCAGCUCUGAAUGGAAUUUUCCAAUCAAUGCAGGGUGGUCAAGCGAUCAGCGAUUUGUUAUCAGGUAUGAAUAUACCUGGUGGCAAAAACGCGGCCACCGACAUACUCAGCGGUAUAGCUGGUAUGUUGGAGAAAAAUCCUCAAGCAUUUGAUCCCAAAGUACUGGGCCAGAUUGCACAAGUGUUCUCUUCGUUGGCUCAAGGCAAAAACGAAAUAACAGGGCAGCAAAACAGCCCUGAUUGGGGAUCAAUUUUAAGCUUAGCUAGUAAUUUAAUGUCGUCCAUAAGUGAUGAGAGUUCAGAAGGUAGCGCAUUAGAAGGGUUAUUGAACUUGUUGCCAAUGUUGACCGGAAAUGUGCCCAGUGGACAUGUGCAUUUCGCUGAUAACGAACUGGAAGAUCAAUCUGAACAUGCUAGGUAUCAAUCAGGAUCGUAUAUGCCGCCUUUUAUGAAUAUGGUUGACGAAUUGUGGGAAUAUUUCAAACAAUCGGAACUUGGAGAAGCUGUGUGGAAAAACAGCGGUCUAGAAGAUAUAUUCCAGUUGUUUGUUGAUGAAGAUGGGUAUUUCCAAGUAGACAGGUUAUUCGAGUCGAUGGAGAAUGCUUCGUUUAGACGUAAAUGGAUCAAAAGUCUGUCUAGUUUUGUUGGAGAAUGGAUAAGGCAUUUGUCUGAUCCGAAUACUCAAGCUAGGUACUUGGCCAACAUCAAGUUUCUGGGAAACAGUCUUCUAAAAGCUCAAGGGUUCUCCGAUUCGGUACUGUUUGAUCCAGCCAAACCGACUGAUUCGGCAAUAUCAUUAAUUAAUGCUGUAACAAAGAAACAAUUCGGUUUGAAAAUAGAUUCAGGCAAAUACAUCAGACCUGCAAUAAUAUAUUUAAAGGAGGUAUUCAAAUUAGACGAAGGAACGAAUUUACUUAGUACGACUCAACUGAGCUCCAAAGAUAUCACUGACAGACUAGGAGAAGUAUUGAAUAACGAAUUACUAGAACCAGUUCUCAGAGUAUGGCGAGCAUACAAAUUCACCCUCCUAAAUCCUCAUUGUGAUAGACAAUUAUUAUGCUUUUUGAAUAAAAAAGAUAACAGUUCACCAGCUCAAACUGGCCUCAAGCCAGGAGUAAUGAAAUUAUCCAGCUUAUCCGCUGCAUGGUACUUAUCAGGCAGGACAGGAACGCCAUUCUGGAAACUGUACAAUGCUGUAACGGAGGAUAUAGUUUGUGAAGUACGUUACGCUGCUGAUUGUCACAAAUUCUAUGCAGCAGACCAUGCAUUUACUACUGAAAAUAAAAAUCUGCAUGGCGAGGAAUUGUAAGAUUUCUCUGUAGGGAUCAAAAAUCGUCUCAGCAAUAUCUAACAAAUAAUUUUAAGCAUUACUUUAAUAAGUAUUCGUGUAUAAUUUCAUUCUUGAAAUUUAAAAUUGAAAUUUUCUUCUUUUUUAAUAACAUCAAUAGUCUUCAACACGUGAGGCUCUACACCAUAAAAUAAUUUUUUUUUUUUUAAAUAAGUCUUUGGUAAUUAAUAGGUAAUGUCUACCUUUUUUUUUUUUUUUUUUUUUUUUGAGAAAAGCUUCGCUUUUGAAUGUUGUUAAUAAAAUCACCAGUACAAUGUGAUGAAUUUUAUGUUACGAUGGAUUUGAAAAACAUCAAAAAAAUUCAUCAUUUUCUCAAUUGCGUUUCAUUCAGAGAAGGGGUAAACUGUGUGACAAUUUAUCUUUUUUUUACAUAAUAAAAUAGAAAAAAUAGAAAAGCCCAUUCUUUUCGUGUAUUUUUUUUUGGUAAAAAAAUAAAAAAAUGUCUUGGUGAAAAUCGCGAAUUCCCAAUACCAUUUAAAAGAAUUACCUACUUGAAAAAAAAAAUCAUAUGUAAUUUAACAAUGAUUUGUGUGCAUUCUGAGAAGGGGUGUGACACAAUUUUUACAUAUUUUCACAAUUCACACAUUGAAAUAAAAAGUGGCGAAAAGGUCA